CGCGAGGAGGUCUCUAGAUUUGGCUGUUUUUCUACGGCACGGAACGCCUUCUCCUUCGCCGGCAGCACAAAACCGACAUCACCAGCAGCAGUUACCGCCGUGCGCGUGAGCCGCACGUAAUCCCUCCUUAAGAAUGGAAUCUCCUUCGCUUUGCAAUUAUAUUUCUCGCAUAUGCGUCCGGGGGGUUCUCACAUCGCUGCCUUGCGGUGUAUUCCGCAUUUUGCUCUACUCUCACCAAACCAACCGUGUCUCAUGUCAGUAGUAGCAAACGUUAACGCUAUGGCAACUACGCAGCCCCACCACCACCCCCGAAAUACAUACAAAACGGAACGUGCCCGGUUAGCAACACCGGGGUUCUGUUCCUCGUCUUUUUCCAACUUCCAACACAAGUAGCCAACGGAAGCAGCAGGGCGGGCACACACGAUUGCUUCGCAUCCGCACUCACUAACGUUGUACCGUUUGACUGCGAUAGAUCGUACGCUCGCUGCCACCUCUUGGCCGUACAAUGCCGCUGCUUUUGGCAAAAAAACAUUACCGCUGGUCGAUACCAUAAAUCUCACCAUGAUACUUGAUACAACGGGGCUGCUACAGACUGAGGACGCCUGUUUCGAGACACAAUAAACAUCCGGUUCAGGGUCGAUGCUCGUCCUCACGCCACGUCGCGGACUACCACACUGUUCCAGACCGAACCAUCAGGGUCCACUUGCUCCACAUAUAUGACGCCUCGCUUACCCCUACAGCGCUACACACUUCGCAUCCCUCUGAUACAAGACCAGUGCACUCUGGUGGUGGUCGGGUCAAAUCGUGGCGUGGCAGGGUGGAGCACAAGCACAAGUACGCCACAAACCUGACGGAAAACAAACAAAAACACCACCACCCUGAAACACACUUCCCUUCUGUGGUAACACUCCUUUUGCUUGUCUGUCCCCCCUGAGGUCUGAAUACCCACAUCCUCCCCGUCUGCCUCAAGGAAAUAUCCCAGGACCAAACCAUCCCGCCCAAUGCCUUGACAGCGCACGGUGCCGCCAAAAUACAGGCAAACACGAUCGGUGUCGUCACUCCCGAAUGCUGGCCAUCCUCAAACCCCCUACACGCCUCGGGUGUCCGAUGGAACACGAUUGGUCGUAGAGCUGUUGCUACACGGAACGCCGCAAGACGUUCGCAGCAGCGUUUCCGGCGGGGCGACUGGGCACCAAGUGCACCAGACGCUCUUCCAUCAGAAACAACAACUCACCGAUCGAUGGAUGGCUCCGACUGUUAUCUAUGUUCAAAAUGUGUAGUAUGAUGUGUUACUGGUUCCCUCUAGACGGAGCGCAACGGGGUAGCUCCCACGCGUCGCACUGCAUCUCGCUUAGCGCGCACUGCAUCCCGCCGCCAGCCUCACUGUUUACCUCGCAAAAGGAUUCUUCCUCACUUCAUAUUGGUUCGAAAAGAACACAGCAGGUGCGUGAGGCUUGGCGGGAAACAUGGCACCAAUCGCUCCACGCGCUCCACAACACUCAAAAACAUCCUUCCGUAUUGUAGCUGCCGUUAACACGCGACUCCGUCCACAAUUGCAACAACGCCGCGCAAAAAACAACUUCAUUCGCUACCUCCACAAAAAAGAAACACGUCGUUGCAUCAUCCCGCGCCCUUUUCCCUCAUCUUGUGUUUGCGCGUUUGCGCUACACUUUCACAGCAGUAUUCGAAAAACACGAAUAACGGCCGGCGGCCACAUGAAAACAUUAUUGCAGGUGGUCCUCUCAAAAUCCCAUGCCCUCCUGACCAUCGUUGGGUAUGUUGCUCCAGACAAUUGCCCCCCCUUCCC